AUGAACGCCCUGGAGGCGCUCUUGAAUCCAUUGACUACACUGACGGAAGAAACCCGGCUGACAUUGGCCAACCUUGCAGAUGCCGCAACGGGUCUGACGGUUCCAAGCCUGCGGCUGGGCGUGACGGGUCUUGCGAGAUCCGGCAAGACCGUCUUCCUGACGGCCCUGGUGCACAAUCUGGUUCAUGGCGGCCGCCUGCCGCUGUUCAGCGCAUCUGCCGGCCGGCGGAUGACCUCGGCGCAUUUGCAGCCCCAGCCUGACGACGCGGUGCCGCGCUUUGACUAUGAAGCUCACGUGAGCGCCCUGGUGAAGGGACGCAUCUGGCCCGAUUCCACCCGGCAAGUGUCGGAACUCCGGCUGACAAUCGACUAUGAGAGCGCAUCCUAUUUUUACCGAAAACUCGGACCUGGCCGGCUUCAUGUCGAUCUGAUCGACUAUCCCGGCGAAUGGCUGCUGGACCUCCCGUUGCUGGGCAAGGACUUCGCGACCUUUUCCGCCGAGGCUCUCGAGCGGGCCCGUGCUGAAAACCGGGCGCAGAUCGCCGAGCCAUUCCUGAAAGUUCUCGCUGAAACCGAUCCGCAGUCUGACGAAAACGAACCGGCAGCACAGGAGCUUGCGCUCCGCUUCAAGGACUAUCUUGCAACCUGCCGCGCCGACGCUCAUGCACUGUCGAUGCUGCCACCGGGCAGGUUUCUGAUGCCGGGUGAUCUGGAUGGCUCCCCGGCCCUGACCUUUGCGCCACUGGACAUUCCCGUCGAUGCUGCUCCGGCCCGUUCCGGCACGUUGCGCGCAAUGAUGGAGCGCCGCUACGAGGCUUACAAGACACAUGUCGUGCGGCCGUUUUUCCGCAAUCACUUUGCAAGGCUCGACCGCCAGAUCGUUCUUGUCGAUGUUCUGCAUGCCCUGAAUGCCGGGCCUCAUGCAAUCGCGGAUCUGGAAGUUGCCCUGAGUGAGGUUCUUGGCGCAUUCCGUCCGGGAAAACGCAGUUGGCUGUCCUCAAUUCUCAGCCGGCGGAUCGACCGCAUCCUGUUUGCGGCAACCAAGGCGGACCACCUGCACAGCGCGGAUCAUGACCGGCUGGAGGCCAUCCUGAAGCGGCUUGUGACCCGGGCCGAGGAGCGGGCGCGGUUCAGGGGUGCGCAGGUCGAUGUUCUUGCGAUGGCCGCUGUUCGCGCGACCCGUGAGGCAAUGGUGAAGCACAGGGGCGAAGAACUUCCUGCAAUUCUCGGAACACCGUUGCCGGGCGAGCAGCUGAAUGGUGAACGCUAUGACGGAAAAACCGAAAUCGCCAUGUUUCCCGGGGACUUGCCUCUCAAUCCUGAAUCAUUGUUUCGGCAAGCUGAAUCGUUUUCUGAAGUAACCGGACCCAAAAUCCGCCGGGGAAAAUCCAGCCUCCAGUUCUUGCGUUUCCGCCCUCCUGAACUCGAUACCACGGCUGAGGGCCUUACGCUGUCCCUGCCGCAUAUACGCCUCGACCGGGCGCUUGAAUUUCUGAUUGGAGACCGAUUGGCAUGA